AUGAUAACUGCCCAUGUUAGCGACUUUGGUCUGGCUCGGCUUCUCCUCAAAUUCGACAAGAGAGUCUUCCUCAACCAACUAAGCUCAGGUGGCGUCAGAGGAACCAUUGGCUAUGCUGCACCAGAAUAUGGAAUGGGAGGGCAACCAUCAAUACAUGGCGAUGUGUAUAGCUUUGGGGUUCUCCUUUUGGAAAUGUUCACUGGAAAAGACCAACCAAUGAGUUAUUUGGAGGAGAUCUUACACUAA